UCUCUUCCGGUUCCUCUCUUCGUUUACAUCGUUUCUCCUCCGGUUUAACCGUUCAUUCAGUCCUCUGGUAGCUCGCACGGUUGAUACACUGGUUUAAUCCAUUUAUCUUUAACCGACACCCGGGGAGAAGCUGUGCAGCUCUUCAAAUAGCCGUGUUAGUUAUUUACCAGCCGGUGUCCGCUCCGUUACCGUGCCUCCACCAUGGCGAGCUACCAUAAACCGGACGAGAAGACACUGCAGGGCCUGAAAGACAUCGCUAACAAGUUACGGAUCAACUCGGUCAAGGCAACAUGCGCCUCCAACUCCGGUCACCCCACCACAUGUUGCAGUGCCGCAGAGCUGAUGUCCGUGCUGUUCUUCCACACCAUGCGCUACAAAGCCACCGACCCACGCAACCAGUGCAACGACCGCUUCGUACUUUCCAAGGGUCAUGCUGCACCAAUCCUGUACGCUGCCUGGGCAGAGGCGGGCUUUGUGAAGGAGGCUGACCUGAUUAACCUUAGGAAGAUAGACUCUGACCUGGAGGGUCACCCCACACCCAAACUGGAGUUUGUUGACGUGGCGACGGGGUCUCUGGGACAGGGGCUUGGCGCCGCCUGCGGGAUGGCCUACACCGGGAAGCACUUCGACAAGUCCAGUUACCGUGUGUACUGCAUGCUGGGUGAUGGGGAGUGCUCUGAGGGGGCUGUAUGGGAAGCCAUGGCGUUCGGUUCCCACUACAACCUGGAUAACCUGGUGGCUAUUAUCGACGCUAACCGCCUGGGACAGAGUGAAGCUGCCCCUCUCAAACACGACAUGGACGUCUACCGCAGGCGCUGCGAAGCGUUCGGGUGGAACACGUAUGUGGUGGAUGGUCAUGACGUUGAGGAGCUGUGUAAAGCUCUGUGGCAGGCCCAGCAGGUGAAGGGGAAACCCACUAUGAUCGUUGCCAAGACCUUCAAGGGUCGAGGACUCAAAGGUAUAGAGAACACGGAUAACUGGCAUGGGAAGCCCAUGCCCAAGGACCGGGCCGAGGAGGCAAUUAAAGCCUUAGAGUCUCAGAUUCAGAACCCCAACAAGACCAUCUGUCCCGAGCUACCUAACGAAGAUACCGCUCCCGCUGACCUCUCACCAAUCACCCUGCCUAGCCCUCCCAAUUACAAGAUCGGAGACAAGGUGGCUACUCGUAAGGCGUAUGGCGUGGCCCUGGCUAAACUGGGUCAGUCCAGUCCGAGGGUGGUGGCUCUGGACGCUGACAUGAAGAACUCUACCUUCUCUGAGAUGUUCCACAAGGCCUACCCUGAACGCUUCGUAGAGUGCUUCAUCGCUGAACAGAACAUGGUGAGCGUGGCGAUCGGCUGUGCCACACGGGACCGCACGGUGGCGUUCGUCAGCACCUUCGCUGCCUUCCUGUCCCGGGCUUACGACCAUAUCAGAAUGGCUGCCGUCUCAGAGUCUAACAUCAACCUGGCAGGGUCACACUGUGGAGUCUCUAUCGGUGAGGAUGGCCCCUCCCAGAUGGCAUUGGAAGACAUUGCCAUGUUUCGCGCUAUCCCAACAUGCACUCUGUUCUACCCCAGUGACGGCGUCUCCACUGAGAGGUCUGUGGAGCUGGCUGCGAACACCAAGGGAAUCUGUUUCCUCCGUAUCACCAGACCAGAACUAAAGGUGAUCUACGACCCCAACGAGAAGUUUGAGGUGGGCGUGGCCAAGGUGCUGCGUCAGUCCGACAGCGACCAGGUGACGGUGAUUGGAGCUGGAGUGACUCUGCAUGAAGCUCUGACUGCUGCUGACCAGCUGGCCAGCGAGGGAGUGAACAUCCGUGUGAUUGACCCGUUCACCAUCAAGCCCCUGGAUGCUGCCACCAUCGUGUCGAGCGCCCGCGCCACCGGAGGGAGAAUCAUCACCGUGGAGGACCACUACAGAGAGGGUGGCCUUGGGGAGGCGGUGCUGUCUGCGGUGGGGGAGGAGCCUGGUAUCAUGGUGACGCGCCUGGCGGUGAACCGUAUGCCCCGGAGUGGAAAACCUCAGGAGCUCCUGGACCUGUACGGCAUCAGCGCCAAACACAUCGCCAACGCCGUGCGCCAGACCUUCGCUAACUGAGACGGCCGAUGGGCCCUGGUUUAAAGUAGUGCACGAUAUAGGGGGACAUCUGGGAUAAACACAACUCCUCUAUGCCCUCAUACCACCGGUCACCCCCCCUUUCUCCCCCCGCUCUGACCUGUGUCCUCAAGGCCCUCCCUCUCUGACCUGUCUCCCCCCCCUCUCUGACCUGUCUCCUCCUUCCGCCCCCUCUCUGACCUGUCACCCCCCUCCCUCUCUGACCUGUCAACCCCCCCCUCUCUGCAGUAUGAGGUGUGAAAUGACGUAUCUCUUUUCUGAACCUUUCUCCGCCUAACCUUUAUUCCUAUUUCUAUUGAAGAUGAAUUGUGUAUUUGUCAGAUUUCCUUUGUACCCAUUUUUCUGUAUCGCUCUUCAUUCCAGUUGGUUCCGUGGUCUUUAUUUUCUCGUUCCAUUCCAUGUGUUCUAACUGUUCCAAACCACCUGCUCAUUCAGUCACACCGCCAUCUUGGUUUCUCAUUGAGCCGGCAUGGUGUCUAACCACUGCUAGUCGUGGCCUUGUUUUUCACUGAUGCAGGGAAUUCACAUGGUUUUUCACUGAUGCAGGGAAUUCACAUGGUUUUUCACUGAUGCAGGGAAUUCACAUGGUUUUUCACUGAUGCAGGGAAUUCACAUGGUUUUUCACUGAUGCAGGGAAUUCACAUGGUUUUUCACUGAUGCAGGGAAUUCACAUGGUUUUUCACUGAUGCAGGGAAUUCACAUGGUUUUUCACUGAUGCAGGGAAUUCACAUGGUUUUUCACUGAUGCAGGGAAUUCACAUGGUUUUUCACUGAUGCAGGGAAUUCACAUGGUUUUUCACUGAUGCAGGGAAUUCACAUGGUUUUUCACUGAUGCAGGGAAUUCACAUGGUUUUUCACUGAUGCAGGGAAUUCACAUGGUUUUUCACUGAUGCAGGGAAUUCACAUGGUUUUUCACUGAUGCAGGGAAUUCACAUGGUUUUUCACUGAUGCAGGGAAUUCACAUGGUUUUUCACUGAUGCAGGGAAUUCACAUGGUUUUUCACUGAUGCAGGGAAUUCACAUGGUUUUUCACUGAUGCAGGGAAUUCACAUGGUUUUUCACUGAUGCAGGGAAUUCACAUGGUUUUUCACUGAUACAGGGAAUUCACAUUUGACGGACCCGAGUUGUAAUGACUUACUUACAAAAGAGCUGAAUUUAAACUGCUAUAUAAUAUACUGUUCUCCUGACCUGUUGGUAUCUGACCUUGAUCUCUUCAUGUCUGUUACUGCUGCUGUGAUGCUCCCAGGCCCUGUCAACUCGUGGUUGGUUUGCAUUGCCGUUGUUAUGCUGAAAUAAAAACCUGACCCAAUGCUA